GAGGACAGCUUUGAUGGUGGUGACCGGGAGGAAUCUUUCUCAGUUUCUGGGCCUUCAAACGAAGACACUGACGGCAGUUUGAAGGACAGCAGGGCGCCUGAUUUAAGUGUAAAUACUCUGGAACAAGAGGACUUUCUUCAAACACAGAGGACAGGUCAGACAGAAAAAAUGUCCUCCACCUGUUUGGCUGCUGAAAACUGUUUCAUCUUGAAGCUAAAUGUAGAGUCACAGAUAAAAAUUCACACAGGACAGAAACCAUUUGGCUGUGGUGUUUGUGGUAAGAUGUUUAGCCGCAAGACGCUCUUUAAAUCCCACAUGAGAGUGCACACGGGGGAGAAACCCUACGGAUGUGAUGCAUGUGGGAAAAGGUUUACGCUUCAGUACAGCUUUAAAAGACACAUGCGUGUGCACACGGGAGAGAAACAGUUUGGCUGUGACGACUGUGGGAAAACAUUUCGUUGCAAAACCCAUCUGAAGCGACACAUGAGAGUUCACACAGGAGAGAGACCGUUCGGUUGUAGCGUGUGUGGGGAAAGGUUCACAGAACAGGGCGCUCUGAAACGACACACCAGAGUGCACACUGGAGAGAGACCCUUUGGUUGCACUGUGUUUGGGGAAAGAUUUGCAGAGCAGGGCGUUCUGAAGAGACACAUAAGAGUUCACACGGGAGAGAAACCAUUUAGUUGUGAUGUCUGUGGGAAAUGAUUCAGACAGCAGAAUACGUUGAAAAGACACACAAACGUCCACACAGGAGAGAAACCGUAUGGCUGUGAUGCGUGUGGGAAAGUGUUUAGAGAGCAGACUACGCUCAAAAGACACACUGUUGUUCACACAGGAAAGAAACCAUUUUGCUGUGGUGUUUGUGGAGAAAGAUUCACUCAACAGGGAAAUCUGAAGAGACACAUGAAAGGUCACACAUGGGAGAAACUCUUCCACUGAAGGAUUUGUCUUUAACCCUCUGGGGUCGCCGGACGCGCCGGCGCAUCAAAAUCACAUGACCAAUUUAAGACGACACAGCUACAAGAUGCAGCACGUCAGAGUCUCCAAUCCAACUUGGGUCGAAAGUGCGGACUUAAAACUAUAUACCAGUUUUUGAAUUGUGCCGAUGGGCCACGUAAAA